CAGUUCAGCUCUGCGUCACACGGGGCGCCCGCUCCUCCGCUGCGCGGUUUGUGUUCCGGGUGAUGCUGCUCUUCUCUUCAAAGCAGAGGAAAGUCGGGGGCUCAUGUGUCAACAUCCAGGUUUUCCCCGGGGAGGCGCAGCGCUAACGUUAUUGCAAAGAAAAGAAAAAAAACGAAACGUAAACAUCCAUUCCGGGGGCCUUUUUAUUUUUGUGUUCGCUUGUUAAUCCUUGUAAGGCCGCUGUGUUUCCUCACCGCGAAGACCCGAAGAAGGUCUCCGGCCCCUGCUGCUUUGACGUUAGCUAGCGUUAUUGUAAACGAUGACUGAGUACAAAGUGCGAAUAGCGUCUCCAAUCAUUUAAUAUUAUCCGGGGACCUGUUAGCUUAGCCAGCUAGCCUGGUAAUUCGACAGAGAGCAAGGUAACGAGGCGGGACACGCUGCUGACAUGAUGUUUCCUCAAUCAAGGCACUCGGCGUCCUCUCAGUCCGGUCAACCUCUCAAGUUCACCACUUCUGACUCCUGUGACCGCAUCAAGGAUGAGUUCCAGUUCCUGCAAGCACAAUACCACAGUUUGAAGUUGGAGUGUGAUAAGCUGGCUUCUGAAAAGUCAGAGAUGCAACGUCACUAUAUCAUGUACUAUGAAAUGUCCUAUGGGCUGAAUAUUGAAAUGCACAAACAGGCUGAAAUAGUGAAGAGACUGAAUGGAAUUUGUGCCCAGGUGCUGCCUUACCUGUCUCAGGAGCAUCAGCAGCAGGUGAUGGGUGCCAUAGAGAGAGCGAAGCAGGUCACACCACCUGAGAUGAACUCCAUCAUACGACAACAACUCCAGGUGCAGCACCUGUCUCAGCUCCAGGGCCUGGCCUUGCCCGUGACCCCACUGCCCCUGGGCCUCACCCCUCCCUCCCUGCCCACCGUCUCCUCCAGCUCCGGCCUGCUCUCCCUCUCCUCCAUCCUGGCCAACUACUCCCACAGCCAGGCCCAGGUGGCGAAGGAGGACAAAGCCCGGGAAAACGCAGAGAGAGCGCCCAGAGGAGACGACGGGGACAAGUCAGAUUAGUGCCGACACAGUCAGGAGGUUUGGAGGUUGGAGGGUGAGGUGUUGAAGAGAGAAAAAAAAAAGGGUGAAACCAUGACUGUAAUUGGAGAUUGAUGUAAGUCUGGCUGCCUGUCUGAGUAUUGAUGUUGGAGAGCAAUGAUGACGAGCAGAGAAGAGUGGGAAGAGAAUGAAACUGCUGAAUGGCUGAGAGUGAGAGUCCUUAUUUAGCUGUAAUAGACUCAGUUCAGGCUUCUAGACUUAGAAUAAUUGCUUUUUUUUUCUUUUCGUUUCUUUUUUAAGUGUGAGCCGCUGUUGGUAGGCUUAACCAAGGUAAAUGUUUUUCCAAGUGGGGAGAGAGCUGAGUAGUCAGUCAGUCUCCCAUACAUGGAUCUGCCUCUCACAGGGUUUUUUUUUUUUGUUGUUAUCAGAUCUGUAUUCCGUGUUUUUUGUUUUUGUUUCAAGUCCCUCUGAUUGUUUCUCACUGGUCCGUCUGUCAGUCACAGACACCUCUGCUCCCUCGCCACUCUUUACUUUUCCCUCCCCACGCGACGCACCACAGCUUCAGUAUCACCCAUUUCCUGUUUGGACUGUGAUAUUGUGCGUCGGAGCCAAAUUGAAAAUCUUUGCCGGAUGUUAAAUGAGAUAUUUUUGAAAGGGACAUUUCACGCUCACUCUCACUCGUGUGCAUUCAAACCCCUCGAAAUCCAAACCAUUUAUUUUUUUAUAACAACCACUGAAUCCAUUUAUCGCAUUAGCUGUGUACCUCAGUCCCACAAUUAAUGAGAUUUUCCUACAAAUGGUGAGACGGUAUAAUCAACUUUUUGGGGACACCCGCUUCAUGUAACGGACCAUGACUGGUCUUUAAAUGACAACUAUCUACAUUCUUUAAAAAAAAAAAACACACAAACUAACCCCAGGAUUUUAUUUUGACAUGUUUUUGUGAAGUUAAAGAUGGGCUCUACUUAGUCUAUAAUUGUCUUGUGCACGAGUGAGUGUGAUUGGAAAUAAGAAAAUGUUUAAUGGAAUGAUUUCUCUCACCCCUGCGUUAGCCCUUUGUUCACCUUUCAAAGCAAAACAAACGGGAUCAAAACUUCAGAACCAGGCGUCGCUAACCAAUGCACGAGUACCGUACUUCUGUAAAAUUAGCAGAGCACUUCAGAUUAUACUGAGAUUAUAUCAAGCACCUGUUUUUUUCUAUCAUGUGUGACUUCAAGUGGGGGGUUGAUCUUACUAUUCUCUUAUUAUUUUUCUAACUUUCCCAUUGUUUUUGAUGAAGAAUGUGUCCCUGAAUGGUUUGAGCUCUGUGCAAACACAUGUUAUCUCAGAAGAAAAAACAAAGUUAUCACAAGCAAGAGUUUGUGCCGGUGAGCAAAAUGUAUUAUUUUCAGAGCAUUUUCAAUCAAAGCUGUGUCCCAACGUCAUACAAAAAUAUGAACCAGUUCUAAGGAACAUGAACUAUCCCUUUACUAUGGCAGUGAAGCGUCUCGUUGCUGAUAUGUUGCCAAAUUUAGUUUGGUCGCAAUUUGUUCCUGAAAAUCUCUUUUGUUGUACAUAAAAUAUAAGUUUGAUUAUGUACCCAGUACCCACAUUGAUUUUGUUAUAAUAAUUUAGCGCAUUUUUCCAUGUGUGGGCAGGAGUUUACGGUUUUAAAGAGACCAGAACCUGAUAAAUUAGACUUAACUGCUGUUUCUCUGAUGCUUAAUAUUAUUUUUACAUUUCCAAGAGAUGUACUGUACUUUCUGAUGAUAAAUGGAUCACAGUCACUCUGUCAUGUAAAAUAUAUUAUACACAUUAUAGGGUGGAAAAACAAUUCUGCAGAUGUUAUUUGGCGACUCCACUCUGAUAUAAAAAAAAAGAUAAGACGGUAAUAAUCAUUAUCUGUUUUGCACCUAUUGUUGGCACCGACUAUACAAACAUUUUAACAACAUACUCGACUGUUAUUCUGAGCAGGGUUUGAGUUUGUUCACAAUGGAGUUGAUUUGUGAUCGUACUGCUGAUAGACGCUCUCGUCUCGAAGCCAAGCACAAAGUAAAUAGACGAGGAAGUAAAAGCAGUAAGUAAGGAAGUGAGAAAAUCAAGUGUUUUUUCUAAAAAUCACAAUUUCAUUUACAUUCAGUGAGUAUGAAACUGCUCACUAGACUUCAGAUUUCCUGUUUUUUGUUGAUUCAGAAAAAAGUCGUCAUUCUUGGUGUUCUGGAGUAUGAAGUUGGGACACAGUUGAAGUCUGAGAAUAGGACAGCAGAGGGCAGCAGUGCUCUCCCGUUGCUGGUUAACUCACAAGCCUGAAAUCCUCCUUAAAGUCUUGUCUUCACAUCAUCAUCGUCAUCAUCACAGCUUUGAUUAGUGACUGCGUUUCACUGCGGGUGUUUGACAUAAUUCCCCGUAUGUGAGAUAGCUGCACCAUCACCACCUCUUAAUGUCCAAGACGCUUGAAAACCUUUCUCUCUCUCUCUGUGAGUGUGUGUUUAUCUUAUUUUGAAAAGCACUUAUGUUUUGGCUCGGUGCUCUUUCUCCUGUUUUCCUCUUUGCCGUCUGUGCUAGUGUCGGGGGAGCUUGUAGUCAGGUUUCCCCUCUUCCCCCACCCCACCCCGGAGAUCUCACGUUGACGUACUCGGGUGUGAGAACAGAUCAGUUGCACUCGAUAUACCAACGUCGCUCUCUGUUAGAAAACAAAAACAAAAAAAAAGAAAACAAAAAAACAACCUCCUUAGGGCAAAACUCAAACAUAUGAAUGGUAUGUGUGUUUGUUUUUGCUGUGAAGGGCCAAUUUGUAUACAUAUGAAUAUAUCAAUAUACAUAUUUUUUAAAGCAUUUUUGUAUGUUUCAAAGCUGCUUUUUAACGUGUGUGUAUCAUGGAAGACUUUAAGUGUUGUAUGUGUGCAUUACGAGCCUACAGUAAGUGAGGCACAAUGUUGUAUACCAUGUUGUUAUUUUCCUCUUUUUUCCUCUCCCAUUCUCUCAGUAGGCAGUAACACUUAUGAUUGUUUUUCUAGGUUUGUAAAUGUUUUAUUCCUUUUCUUUUUUCUUUUGUUUUUGGUGCAAACAGAAACCAGUUUAAUGUGUUUAUGAACACGAUCUCAAUUUAAGAAGAAAACAAUUUUGGGGGGGUGGGGGCAAAAAAAAAAAUGUAAACAAGCAACUGUGUAUUCUAAUGAGAAUGAAUCAACCUUUUAGCAGUAAGGAAGCUUCUCUGGUGCCUUACAAAUAAAAGAUGUGAUUGAGAGUG